AUGGCUAAUCCAGCGAAAUUCGAAAUGGAUCUUCGAUCUACCCUGUGGACUGCUGCCCUGGGAGCGGAAGUUUAUACGCUUUGGUCGCAGCAUCCCGUAUUCGAACCAUACCUUUGCCGGCAGAAAGAGUCUAUAUGGAUCUCGUAUCCGGGGAAGACUGGAAACAAGACUAUAACCCUACCAUGGGACAUGGUAGGUCAGUCAAACCCGCCCGGCCUUAUCACGGAUACCCCCCGCAACCAAUGUGGGCUAGUAGAGGCCAGAGGUCCACUUGCUUCACUGACCUACCCCACGCCUGCUGCCUCCCCAUGCCCUAUACUCACUCCCUGGUCUGUUGGAGAACAGAGCCUCCCCCCGUGGGGAGUGUCAAGCAAAAGUCGAAAAUUGAAGCCGCGUGAACCGGUCAAAUACGGGAUCGCAAAGCUCUCAAAAGGGCUUUCAGUCGUUUACAAGGAGAUGGACAUAAAAACUAUCCCCCGCAUUGGA